UGUUCAUACCAUAACGGGAAAGGGAAGUGUACAAUGAAUGCCUGCGUAAGAGUUCGGAAGAAAAUUUUGUCCACUUCACCUUUGACUUCAGUCAAAGUGUGACUAUGUCCCACCAUGCACGCCAGAUGGGACCGCUGUACUUCUACAGCUUGCGGAAGGUCCAUAUAUUUGGAGUACGGAUAGAUGGCCAAAGGAAACAGAUCAAUUUUCUGGUUGAUGAGGACCAGACCACAGGACAGGACGGCAGCCAGGCUCAUGGACCGGAUUCCAUUAUUUCUAUGCUAGACUGGGUAAUGUCAAAUUAUGAAACGGAAAACGACGUAUGCUGCAUCCAUGCAGAUAACUGUCCAGGGCAGAACAAAAACAAGUUUGUCGUGGGUUAUUUAAUGUGGAGGGUCAUGACAGGAAAACACAGGAAGAUAGAAUACCAAAUGCAAAUUCCAGGGCAUGCAAGGUGUUUAGUCGGCUCGGGUUUCGCGCACAUCAAGAUAAAGUACCACUGCCAUGAUUGUGAAACCAGAGAACAGCUUGCAGAAAUAGUAGAAGGGUCUUCCAUAGGUAACAUGGCUGUAUCUUAUCCACAGUUGUCCUGGCGCGCUUGGAAGGAGUUUCUUGGACAACAUUUCAAGCCCGUAAUCGGCAUAAGUACUUUAGGUUUGAGGAAGACAAACCAGGUGUCGUCACUGUCAAAACAGCGGCUGGUGCGGAGGAGACAGAAAUAAACAUUCUAAAAAAUAAAGACGUUCGCUUUUAAUCUCAAGAGAUUCCACGGGUUCUUCAGCCGGGUGGUUUGAGUGCAGCAAGGAAGACCUACUUCGAGAAGACACUGCGACCUUUUGUGCGGAAUGCGAAUAAAAAAGCCUACUAAA